AUGGCGGUGCAAAAUGCGGUCGUGUUUUUAAACGCCAUUGUCGUUUUGCUGUUCGCUUCAAGUCUCGGCAAUGGCGAAGAAUACAGCCCUAAGCCUGAAAUUGGCUAUCCAGCUGGAUUAAUACCAAACUGUCCAGGCGUCUUGAAAAAUGCUACAAUAAGCUCGAAGAAGAUGCAAAUGUUUCGAAUUGUUAUCCACAAAGUGGCAAACGGGAAAAUUCACAGGAGAAAUUAUCCUAUUGCUUCAGCACCAAAAUCCUUAGUAAAAGAUAAGUUAGUAGAUUUAAAAAAUAAGAAGACCUUACUUUACUGUGGCGGUUUCCUCGACAGUGCUUUCUUUCCCUUCAGUCAGGCGAUAGCUACUGCCUACUCCAAACGUGGAUACAACGUCAUGAUGACAGAAACGUUCGAGUUUCUAACGUAUAUUUAUCCAAAGUCCGUCAGAUUGACUAAAGUGCUGGGGGACAAGAUAGGCGAAUUUUUAAAGAAACUUACCGAACAAGGACUAAAAGUUGAAAAUUUAGAAAUUGUUGGUAUUAGUUUAGGAGCUCAUAUAGCGGGGUAUGCAGCUAAAUACUUAUACGCUGCAACGGGUAAGAAACCGUCAAGGAUCACUGGUUUGGAUCCUGCCGGUCCGUGCUACCGUGCUCUACCGCCGAGUUCAAAACUUCACGCUUCAGAUGCGGACAGAGUAGAUAUAGUUCACACUAAUAUAGAUGGAUUCGGCUUGGCAGAGAAGCUAGGACAUGUAGAUUUUUAUGUAAAUGGAGGAGAGUACCAGCCGGGCGACAUACCUGCCAUCCCUUGCCUUGUGUUGUGUAGUCACGUCAGAUCCGCCUUUUACUGGUGGCAGGCGAUCGAACACCCAAAGAAGUUUAUUGGCGUUAGAUGCAAUUCGAUUCAAGAUGCAAGAUUUGCUAAGUGUUUUAAUAACUCCGAAACUAAUUACCUUGGUUUGGAAACUAAAUUUAAUAGACCAGGCAUAUAUUAUCUGCCAACUUUCAACGAGUUUCCAUAUUAUAGAGGAAAGGAGGGGUUAAAACAAGAGAAUGAGAUUUAUACAUCAGUCAGUCGUUCCAUAAACGCUGUAGAUCUAUUUGAAGUUUAA